AUGUCGAAUUCUACUGAAAAUGCUAUGACAAUAGCAACACCUGUAGGUAAUUCUAUUCCACCAAAUCAUACGAUUUAUGUUAACAAUUUAAAUGGAAAAAUCAAAAAACAACAAUUAAGAAAAUCACUUUAUAAUCUGUUUGUUUCCUAUGGUCGUGUAGUUGGAAUUAUUGCUAUGAAAGGUGUUAAAAUGCGUGGACAAGCAUUUAUUGUAUUUGAUGAUAUACAAAAUUCAACAGCUGCAUUACGUUCAUUACAAGGUAUUAUGUUUUAUGAUAAACCAAUGCGUUUAUCAUAUGCAAAACGUGAUUCAGAUGCAAUAAGACAUUCCAAAGAUCAAAUUGCUGAGAAAACAGCUGCAUUAGCUGCCACAAGUCAACCAGAACCUAAACAACGUAAAGAGAAACCUCGUAUACCACCACCACCAACACAACCACCACCAGAUCGUACUGUUCAUGAACAACAUAUCGCUAUGAUGAAUUCCGAAGAAGUUAAUCGUGCUGCUAAUGCUGUUGCAGUAGCUGAAGCUGAAUUACAAGAAUUACCAUUACGUGAUCGUACACGUCGAAUUCAAUCGGUUAUUGCUGCACAAACAACAUUGAUUGGUACUGCAGUUCCAAUGAUGACUGAAGUACAAUCGAAUUCAACACUGUUUGUUACAAAUUUACCCAAUGAAACAACACGAGAAGCACUUGAAGAAUUAUUUCAUCAAUAUUCCGGUUAUCUUGAUGUACGCCUUGUACCUGGACGUGAAGGAAUUGCUUUCAUUGAUUUUGAUAAUGAAAUCGGUGCUUCUUCUGCUAAAGAUGCACUCAAUGGUUUUCAGAUCUCGACAACAAAUUUAAUUUCUGUUAGCUUCGCAAAGAAAUAA